AUUAUCAAUCACUGUGAAACAGAAUGGGAAGGUUGUACAUUUGAGCAGCUUUUUCACUGUUUUUGCAUUCAAUGAUGAGGCUCUCAGAACCAGUACUAGACAUGGAAAUGGCAAACUACAGUGAAGUUUUAGAUCCGACGUAUACGGCACUGGAGUUCGAAACUAUGCAGAUUCUGUAUAAUGGCAAUGACAGUUCAGGAGAAGCUGUCAACAUGAAUGCUGCUGACAAUGGGGUCAGUAGUCUCUGUGCAAUAUGUGGAGACCGAGCGACUGGAAAACAUUACGGUGCUUCCAGCUGUGAUGGAUGCAAGGGGUUUUUUAGACGCAGCAUAAGGAAAAACCACGUCUACUCGUGCAGAUUCAACCGACAAUGUAUCGUUGACAAGGACAAAAGGAAUCAAUGCAGAUAUUGUCGUUUAAAAAAGUGUUUUCGAGCAGGAAUGAAAAAAGAAGCUGUACAAAAUGAACGGGACAGGAUAAGUACAAGAAGAAACACCUUUGAUGGCUGCAACAUUCCUUCUAUUAGCACAUUGUCACAAGCUGAGACACUCUCCCGUCAGAUCUCAAUGUCCAGUCCUGGUUCUAGCACUGAUAUAAAUGUUAAGAAAAUUGCUGGUGUCAGUGAUGUCUGUGAAUCUAUGAAGCAACAACUUCUGGUCCUGGUGGAAUGGGCUAAAUAUAUUCCAGGCUUCUGUGAAUUACCACUGGAUGACCAGGUUGCCCUGCUAAGAGCACAUGCUGGGGAACACCUGUUGCUUGGAGCAGCAAAACGGUCCAUGGCGUAUAAGGACAUUUUACUUUUAGGCAACAAUUACAUAAUCCAUCGCAACAGUACUGAAGUAGAGAUCUGCCGAGUGGCAAAUCGCAUUCUGGAUGAAUUAGUUCGACCCUUCCAGGAAAUUCAAAUAGACGACAAUGAGUACGCUUGCUUGAAAGCAAUUGUGUUUUUUGAUCCAGAUGCAAAAGGCCUGAGUAACCCAAUGAAGAUUAAGAAUAUGCGGUUCCAAGUCCAAAUCAGUUUAGAGGAUUAUAUUAAUGACCGUCAGUAUGACUCCAGAGGAAGAUUUGGAGAACUACUUCUUCUACUGCCUACACUCCAGAGCAUCACUUGGCAAAUGAUUGAGCAAAUACAAUUGGUUAAACUAUUUGGAAUUGUUAAAAUUGACAGUUUGCUUCAGGAGAUGUUACUAGGAGGUACUUCUAAUGAUGCCAGUCAUCUGCAUCACCCAAUGCAUCCUCACUUAGCCCAAGAUCCAUUAACUGGCCAAACAAUCCUCAUAAGUUCAAUGUCUGCUCCUGUACAUACGGAACAGAUUUCAACUCCAGAAACUCCAUUACCUUCCCCUCCUCAAGGCUCUGGGCAAGAAUACAAAAUGUCUGCAAAUCAGGCUUCAGUCAUUGCACAGCAGUCUAUUUUGAAACAAAAACCAUUGUGAUGAUGUUUCUGUCUCUGUCUUAAUCCACCCUUCCUUCCUUCCUUCCUUCCCUCCUUCCUUCCUUCCCUCCUUCCUUCCUUCCUUCCUUUUUAUGCACUAGAUAAAUUGGUAGGACACUUGCACAUUUAAAAUCUCAGGUUGAUAAAUGAAAUUAUUUCCUCAGCAGCCACUGCUGUGGGUGUUCCUUUAAACACCUCAUGAUCUGAAAAGUAAUGCUGUUCUGACUGCCACAUACAACUGUAACUGUGGACACUGAAGUCUGACAAAUAUGUAUAGAGGUUCAUAUUAUUUUUAGAUCUUAUAACUGCACAGAUUCAUGUUUUUAUUUCCUGUUUUAGUUAUUGUCUUAAUAUUAUCGUUUUAGAUGUGUAUAUAUAUAUAUUUUUUGUGACCGAACUGGUUAGUGCUUGUUUAGCUGUGAAUUGUAGAGAAGAAAAAGUGGGUUAAUCAGGCAAAAGCCAAAGUUCCACUAAUAGUAAACCAGUAGGCUACCAAAAAAGCACAUGAAUUAAAAAAAAAGGACGGAAAUGCACAACUCAUUUAAAAAAAUAUUGAUUUGAAAGGACCAUCUCUUUCAAGUAAAAGUGUUGAAUCCUUCCUGCUCAUCUGUUUGUAUGAGUCAGAGGGCCUGCCGUGGGUGAAUAUGCUUGAGGGCUUUUUAAAAUCUGUAUAGGUAGUAAUGCCUAUAUCUGUCAAUUGGAUAGUGCCAAGGCAUUUACAUUGCUAAAUAGUUAAAACAAGGACUGGUAUGCUUUUUGGUCAGGACUAACUAGUACCCUCCCCAAAAAUUUAUGGGCACACUUUAGGAAUUAGGCCAGUCUAUGGACACUUUUCACCAGGUGCUUGGAAUACAGCCCCCCUCUUUAGGGGGCAGAGAGGAAUACAGACAGAUUGUGCCAUUUGACCUCAGAAAUGGAGUAUAGACUUUGUGCUGUUUGAUUUACUUGUGUAAGUGUAGCCUUUGGGUUUAUUUACCUAACUGGCUGGUGAAUGCAUGUUUCAGCAAUCACUAAACUUCACCUACAGAGAUGUUGUAGUUAAUGUAGCAGCUCUGUCUGGAAAGGUAUAGCUAAUUGAAGUGGCAAAUGUGCCUGAGUUCAGCUCCAGGUGUUCCUAGUUUGAGCCAUGGUAUUUCAAGCCAGAAGACAGCCAGCCCACAAAGUAUUCAUCCUCUCAAUUUUUAAGAGUUUUCAGAAGCUUGGGAUGAAUCAAUUUUCUGUGAUGAACCCCCACCUCCUUUUCCUCCCAUUACAGUUUGGGAGGAUCCAACAUUGACUAAGUUUUUUGUCUGAAGUCUAUAACAACUCAUCUGGAUUUGAACCCUCUGUGGAUUUGCACAAAGUGGACCUUGUGACACAUGCUCACUUGGGCAUGUAUACUCAGUUACAAUUUGUGAAAAUAAUCUAAUAUAUUAAGUGAUAUGUUGUUCCUACAAUACUGACAUCAUAAGAAAAUUACCACUUUGCACAUUUUAUUUAUUCCAGACAGCAAUGAUUUUUCUUUAGUACUUUAAAGCAGACUUUCUUCUCAGAAGAUAUGUAAGAGAGAAACAGAUGAAAAAGAUAUAAUAAAAUAUUGCAGUUUACUGAACUAUUCCAAAGAGAAAAUAGUCAGUCAGAAAUUCUGAGUCAGAAUUUCUGCAAGGUGAGAUGCUGAUCGUGCUGAACAACACCUUCACUAAUCACAACAUCUAAAGAUGGGGGAGUUACACCUCUGGCUUGUAAAAGUUGCUCAAACAAUCUGCAGUGAUUCUUCAAAUACAUUUUUGUAGGCAGGAAAUGUGACAUAUUAAAUGCUGAGCUAACCUGAACAUUCAAAAGGCUUUAAUGAGAAUACACUACUACCAGGUAGAUGCUGUGUUUCUUGUUAUUUUAAAGUAGUUGCUUUUGUAAAGUCCAUGCAGUGGCUCUUAACAUUUGCCUUUUGCUUUAUGGAUGGUUUUUCUUUUUGCUGUUUACUGUUUGUUUUUUUUUAUCAAGGCAUUGCUCUUUUUACAAGUUCCUUUUAGCAUGAGUUUUUAUGACAGAAUAAGGUUCUGAAGUUUUGCCAUUAACUUUAGGGGUGUCCAGAAUGUGCUAUUUUUACAAGUUCACCACCAACACUUUAUGGUGAAACACAGAGGUAAAGCAUGUGUGAGAGAUACUGAGCAGCCCAAAAGUUUACUGAUUGGGCUCACUUUUGUGUACUUGUCAUAGAAAGAGUGUUGGACUCAAGGUGGAUCUACAUGAAUUUAAUGGGUCAGAUUAAUGAAGUUAGUUGCAUAAAUGUGGCAGUAUUGGUCUGACUAAAAACAUUUAACUGGAAAUAAAAAGUAGUCCCCAAGUUGGCUACCCUUGCCUUAUAUAAGAGAUAUGCAUAAUAGUUCAAUGGAUUUAUUUUUCACACUGUACUUUAGAUAUCAAGUGUACAAUAAAAUAAUUUCACACACUGCCAAAAUGUACUGGAGGAAAGAUAUACUUUAGUGUUUUGUCUGACAAAACGUUGUUAUCUAUUUUGUAUGAUAUAUUACAUUUUGGAAUAAGAACACCACUGUAAUUUAUUGGGAAAAGCUGAUUUAUUUUAUAAAUGUAACAUUAUUUUUUUAAACUUAAUUAUGAAAAAUCAGAAAUGAUUAGCUUUUUUAAAUAUUAAAUUAUAAUGAGGUGUAACUUUAUAUGUUUGAACUCUGAUACCAAGUUUUUGUGUUGAGCAUUUGGAAUUGAAAUGGUUGCUGAAAAUAUUUCAAAUGGACUGUUUUUCAUCAAAGCUUAAUAAAGAAAAAUGAAUGAUCCAAAUGA